ACCCACACCCUCUUCAAGACUAUGUUGAUAGUUUUGUUGAUACUGGUAAAAUUCAACUUCUUGGUGGAAGAGUAAAACUUAAUGAUUAAGUUAUUCGUCAAAUUUGGUCUUUUUUAAAAACAAAAUAUCGCCGUCUUUAUUCAUCGAGCGGUUAGUUUAUAAACAAAAGAUUGUUUGAUUUGAACCAAAAAGAAGACAUUCUUGUUUUCUUGUUCUUGUACGAGAAGAAGAAGAACGUUUUCGUAUAUUUGUAAAACAUCUUAAGUAUGUAGUGAAAUCAAAUUUGAAAAAAUCGCACACAUAUCAAUUAGGAUUAAAUCAAUUUUUUGAUUGGACAUUAGCAGAAUUUGAUGCAUUAAAAAAACAGGUUUAAAAGUUCCAGCUAGCUUACGACGAGAUGUAAUGAAUGAUGGACCAGAUCAAGAUGCAUUACAAAGUAAUUUAGCAAAACUUUAUGAACGUCAUGAUGAUUCAAGAAGAUUAAAACGAAAUUUAAAAAAACAUCGAUAUAAAGAUAGACGAUUGUCUGAUGAUGAGUUUGAUGAACUUUUAAGUCAAGAUCAAAAUAACAAUGAUACUAGUCCAUUACCUAAAGCAUUUGAUUGGAGAACAAAAAAUGUUGCAAGCUCAGUUAAAAAUCAACACAGAUGUCUAUCUUGUUAUGCAUUUGCUACAGUUGCGGUUCUGGAAUCAGUUUAUGCUAUAAAAACAAAUUCUAAAAAUGUUAUUGAAUUCAGACCACAACAAAUAGUUGAUUGUGCAAAAGAUGAAAAUGAAGGUUGUAUAGGUGGUGGUCUUUUUCAAUCAUCUAUGAAGUAUCUCAUUGAAAAAGGUGAUAAAAUAGCUACGGAUGCUUCUUAUUCUUAUGUGAGAAAAGAUCAAUCAUGUAGAACAGAGGGUAUUAAUGAAAUUGAUCUUGGUUAUGAAUAUGAUGAAGGACUUAAACCACCUUAUUGGAUAAUAAAAAACUCGUAUGAACCAAGUUGGGGUGAAAAUGGUUAUUUACGUUUAAUUGAAGAUGAUAACAAUAUAUGUGGUAUUGCUACAAUCGAAUCUUAUGCUAAAUUAACAUAA